AUGUCGAAGAAUUGGUAUUUCUGUAUCCUGCUUGUGCUCGCGACUCUCUUGGUCCCUACUCUCGCGCUUUUGAACGAUAUUCCUCCAGGUUCUAACAUGGACGAGGGUCAGCCGAAGUCUUGGCCAGAGUUGGUUGGAAUCCCAGGCACGGAGGCCCGCGAGAAGAUUUUGGCGGAGGACCCGACGCUGCAAGUGGGAAUCGUCAGGCCGGGCAUGAUGGUGACGAUGGACUACCGCUUGAACCGUGUGCGCAUCUACGUGGAUAAAGAUGGAAUUGUGAAUCGUCCUCCCACACUAGGCUAG